AUGACUAAUUGUCAUCUUCUUGUUAAUGUGGAGAAGUGGUUAGCAGAGAACCAGAAUGCUUUCCUGCCACCAGUGUGCAACAAGCUCAUGCACUUUUCCCAGUUAAACAUUAUGUUUGUUGGAGGGCCAAAUACAAGGAAGGAUUACCAUAUAGAAGAAGGGGAGGAACUCUUCUACCAGGUGAAGGGAGACAUGUGUCUGAAGGUGAUUGAAAAUGGCAAGAGGAAGGAUGUUCACAUCAAGGAAGGAGAGAUGUUUCUGCUGCCCGCUCGGAUUCCCCACUCUCCUCAGAGACAAGCCAACACUGUAGGACUAGUGGUGGAGAGGAAACGCCUACUUACUGAAACUGACUGCCUCAGGUACUAUGUUGACAACACAACUGACAUCCUGUUUGAGAAAUGGUUCUACUGCGAGGAUCUUGGAACCCAACUGGUACCAAUAAUUCAAGAGUUCAUGUCAUCAAUGCAGUACAAGACGGGAAAACCGGAUCCAAGUGAAGUCUUCAUGGAUCCUCCAUUCCAGAUGAACAACAUGAAUGUGAUGUUACCAUUCUGCUUCAAGUCCUGGCUGGAUAAACAAAAGCCAUUCCUUGUCAGUGGCAGCAACCCUAUUAACAUGUUCGGGGCUCAGUUUGAGACAGAGGCAACCAUAUAUGGACCUGGUUUGUCUGAUGUAUCCUUGCCACAAAGUGAUAUAUGGAUUUGGCAACUGGAGGGAUCGUCACAGGUAACCAUGAAUGCUCAAGAGUUUAAUCUCUCUGCUGGAGACAGUUUACUCAUUCCUGAGCACACCCAGUACCAGUGGAAGAGACAUGAGGCGGCUGUUGCACUUGUUGUGGUUCAAAACCCAGAGCGUAAAAGACCCUGA